AUGGCGCACCGAACAGUCGCCUACUUUGUCAACUGGGCAAUUUAUGGCCGGAAGCACCUCCCCCAGACCCUCCCGGCCGAGAACCUCACCCACAUUCUCUAUGCCUUUGCCAACAUCAAGCCCGACGGUGAAGUCCAUCUCACGGACGCUUGGGCCGACACUGACAUCCAUUGGGAUGGAGACUCUUGGAACGACGUCGGCACGAACCUGUACGGUUGCUUCAAGCAGCUGAACCUCUUGAAGAAGCGCAACCGAAACCUCAAAAUCCUCCUCUCCAUCGGAGGCUGGACCUACUCGCCCAACUUCAAGGGCCCCGCCAGCACCCCCGAGGGCCGCAAGCGAUUCGCCGAGACGUCGGUAGAGAUCCUCAAGAAUGUCGGCCUAGACGGAAUCGACAUCGAUUGGGAGUACCCCGCCAACGCGCAGGAGGCGGCGGACUACGUGGAGCUCCUCCGCGUGUGUCGCGAGGCACUCGACCAAUAUAGCAAUACCCUCCCGACGCCGUAUCACUUUGAGUUGACGGUGGCGAGUCCCUGCGGAACCGAGAACUACCAAAGGAUGGACCUCCGGGGCAUGGACCAGUACCUCGACUUCUGGAACGUCAUGGCCUACGACUACGCAGGAUCCUGGGACAGCGUCGCUGCUCACCAGGCUAACCUUUACCCCUGCGGAUCGAACCCCAAAUCCACGCCCUUCUCCACGCAGGCCGCCCUCGACUACUACACGAACCAUGCCGGAAUCGCGCCCAACAAGAUCGUCAUAGGAAUGCCUCUCUACGGCCGCGGAUUCGAGAACACGGACGGCCCGGGCUCGUCCUAUCAAGGCGUUGGCCAAGGCAACUGGGAGGCAGGCGUCUACGACUUCAAGAAGCUGCCCCUCGACGGCGCAUCCGAGGUCAAUGAUCCCGCUCUCGGUGCAAGCUACUGCUUUAACCCGUCCACCAGGACUUUCGUUACUUACGAUACCGUGCCUACGGCGAGACUAAAGGCGGACUACAUCAAGGCGAGGGGUCUCGGUGGUGCCAUGUGGUGGGAGAGCAGCUCGGAUAAGGAGGGCCAGGAGAGCAUCAUUGGGAACGUCACCAACGUAUUUGGUGGACCGGGCUGUCUCCAGAAGAAGGAGAAUUGCAUUUCCUAUCCGCACACGAAGUACGACAAUCUGAGGAAUGGGUUUCCUGAUCAGUGA